AUGAAGCCGACAGACAAGCACUUUCGCUGCAAUAUCUGUCAGCGAGGCUUUACCAGGAUUGAUCACCUCAAGCGGCACCAUUUGCGCCAUUCCGGACAGAAGCCCUACACCUGCAUCUUCUGCAAUGACUCGUUCGCACGUUGUGAUAAUCUUCGCGACCAUUACACGGAUUGCGCCAGACGCGGGGACCGACAGAUCCCCGAAACGGGCCAGAGGGGUAGACGGCGACAUGCAUGUCAAUCGUGUACCUCCAUGAAAUUACGAUGCGACGGACAAAGCCCCUGCGGAUCGUGCCAAAAACGAAACCUGGCGUGCAACAAUGAGCGAACUGCCGGACCGAGUCUUCCUGAGAUCGAGGAGGAUACAACUGUUGCGCCGAUGGGAUUGCAACAAGGAACAUUUCCGAUCCAUGCAGGGCCACCAGUGAAACCCCAGAUUUAUGAAGCACCAUCAUCGGACCGCGGAUCGAUUAAGUUCCUACUCAAUGGUGGCACGGACAGCUUCACGGAGAACUUUCGACUUCCACCACGCAGCGAUCGGGCACGAAGCCUAAACUAUCAUCAUCGCGUCGAUAUGGAAGAAGCGCAAAGAACUGGGUUUCCAUACAUUGAGAACGAGCGACCGGAGUAUGCUUCUGGAUUCGUCAAUGCCGACCCUGCCAUACCGCUCUCUUUUCCAGAUAUCUUUCUGGAUUUCUUGAACGUUCCCUUCGCGGAUGGGGUGAAGCCGACACAUGAGUCAUACAGCGCCGAUGGAAUCAACUAUGAAGGUGUCGUCCCUCCACAGGCAACUUCUGGUCUCGCUCUACAGGGUGAUCAACCCCUGUUCGAACCGGAACGACCGUUUGCUACGGCAUUGAUACAGGCGAUAUUGGCACGAGCAUGGCAGGCUCCACUCGAUGCCAAGGCGCAAGCAGAAGUCACUGCAAACUUGAACUUUUUCUUGACGACGGCACGCAUUCGCAAAUGCAUCUUCCUCUAUUUCAAAUACUGGCAGCCCAGCUGUGCGUACGUUCACUCUUCGUUCGACCCAGAGACGGCUCCGCUACCUUUAUUGGCCGGGGUAGUCUUUAUGGGUGCAAUGUACAACAGCGACGAGAGGGAGUCCUAUAUUGCCAAAAGGGUCCUCGACUUCGUGGAGCUUUUUAUAUUCUCAAGUGAUGUCUUCUCGGCCGAGUGCGAGGUGAGCACAAUUUUCUCAGGCAAUCGGUGCCACGACGGGGAAACAAACGACUGGACCAAGUUCCAGAAUCUCCUGGCCGGUGUCAUUAUUCUCACCGUCCAGUAUUGGGCGGAAAUCGGGUAG